AUGUCUGGAAGAGUUCGUUUCUCCGAAGAGAGACCAGGAGUUGCUUAUCUCCCCACACUGCCAACUCAAGUUCCAAGCACAGGACUUGUAAGCGAGAUUUUCAGCCGACCCAUGCCUCCUCUCCAUGUCGAAACAAAUUUUGAAAUGGAUGCUUUCACAGCUGCUAGCAUUGGUGAUUCCAAGCUGAUUGCCGUUCUGAUAGGAAAACAACCGAACCUUGUCAGCUUGAAAAACCGUUCUUCUUGGUCCCCACUUUUAUAUGCAGCUUAUUUGGGGCAUCAUCCUGUUUGUACGAUUUUGUUAGACAACAAUGCUCAGAUUGAUGAGUGCAAUCGCAGAGGACAAACCGCUCUAAUGCUCGCUGCUGCUUGUGGAAAUAAAGAGGUUGUCAAAGUUUUACUAGAAAGAGGCGCGAGCACUGACCGAGCUGACCGAUUUGGGCGACAAGCUCUUCAUUAUGCUGCCAAUUGCAGUCAAAAUGAUGUUGUUGAUCUACUUUUAGCAGCAGGAGCAGAUCCUAAUGCGACAGAUGAAGAAGCUAUGACCCCUGUACUCGAGGCAUGCAUUUCCGGUCAUGAAUUAACAUUGAUCAGUUUAUUAGAAAAGGGUGGAAACGUGCACUUGAAAAACAGUCGGGGAGAAGACGGUAUCGCUCUAGCGGCUGAGAAUUCCAAAGUUCUGAGACUAAUAAGAGAAAAAAAGAAAGAUCGUGUUGAGUCUUCAACAGGCGGAGGGUUUGUAGUCGAACCCUCGGCUGCAAGAGAUCCUAAUACUUUGGAGGAAUUACUAGAACGAAUGAAUUUGGGUCGAUAUUAUCCUCGUCUACGUCAAGAAAACCUCGACUUGGACUUAUUCUUCUCGUUAACUGAAAAGGAUUUAGAUGAAAUGGGAGUAGCAUAUGGUCCUAAGAAAAGGAUGUUAUCGGUCAUUGAUAGAUACCGAUCUUCAGGAAAAGUGAUCAUAGAAAGUUAUGAGAAUGUUCCUAUCCGUCAACCCCAACAACUAGCACCUUCCCCUCAUUAUGCAACUCCAGCUUUCUCUCCCGUAGUGACCAUUCCCGCUACGAAAGACGAACAAGCUGAACUGAAAGCAAGUCUUCGAUACAUUUCAGAUCAAAAUGAACAAACAAAACAGUUUGCAAUUGAGUCGUUAAGUCAUUUACAUGGAGGGCCAGGCAGCGAACGAUUACGCCCCCUCCUGACAGCAAUAAUUGAUGGAAUGGAGAAGAUAUCUACAAGACUUGCACGUCAUGCUCUUUGA